AUGUUAUCUGUACAACCCAAAGGGAAGCAGAAGGGCUGUGCUGGCUGCAACCGGAAGAUCAAGGACCGGUACCUGCUGAAGGCUCUGGAUAAGUAUUGGCAUGAAGACUGUCUAAAGUGUGCCUGCUGUGACUGUCGUCUUGGAGAGGUUGGAUCUACUCUUUACACAAAAGCAAAUCUCAUUCUUUGCCGCAGAGAUUACCUGAGGCUCUUUGGUACCACCGGGAAUUGUGCUGCCUGCAGUAAACUGAUCCCUGCCUUUGAGAUGGUGAUGAGGGCCAGAGAUAAUGUUUACCAUUUGGACUGCUUUGCCUGUCAGCUCUGCAACCAGCGAUUCUGCGUGGGAGACAAAUUUUUCCUGAAGAACAACAUGAUCUUGUGUCAGAUGGACUAUGAGGAAGGGCAGCUGAACGGGAGCUUCGAGUCCCAGGUUCAAUAA